CGGGCGGCGCCGCCCGGUGCCGUCGGGCUGGCAGCGGGGUCCGCGCGCGGGUGGAGGCGACAUGUCCUCGGUGGUGGCGGCCCGCCGCGACGCCAAGAAGCUGGUGCGCUCUCCCAGCGGCCUGCGCAUGGUGCCCGAGCACCGCGCCUUCGGAAGCCCGUUCGGCCUGGAGGAGCCGCCGUGGGUCCCGGACAAGGAGUGCCCGAGGUGUAUGCAGUGUGACACCAAGUUCGACUUUCUCACCAGGAAGCACCACUGCCGCCGGUGUGGGAAGUGCUUCUGUGACAGGUGCUGCAGCCAGAAGGUGCCGCUGCGGCGCAUGUGCUUUGUGGACCCCGUGCGGCAGUGCGCAGAGUGCGCGCUGGUGUCCCACCGCGAGGCCGAGUUCUACGACAAGCAGCUCAAGGUGCUGCUGAGCGGAGCCACCUUCCUCGUAACUCUGGGAAACGCGGGGAAACCCGAAACGAUGGUUUGUCGUCUUUCCGGCAACCAGAGAUGCUUAAUUCUGGAUGGGGACGGCCACCAUGAGAUUGAAGUCGCCAGCAUUUCCACGGUGCAGGUGGUCACGGAAGGCUUCGCCCCGGGAGAAAAAGACUCUCCCACUUACUGCAGCGUCCUGGGGAGCCCCCCCGCCGCUCAAGGCGGUGCCCGGGUCGCAGGCAUGUGUCUGCAGUACAGCGUGCCAGGGGCAGAGGGCACAGCCCAGCUGAGGCUGACGGCUGCAGAGGACGUGAAUGCCAGCAGGAGGCAGGCGGCAGCAUGGCUGGCCGCCAUGCACAAGGCCGCCAAGCUCCUCCUCGAGUCCCGGGAUCAGUAACUAACUCCUCGCGCGGAGCGCACCUGGCCGGGUUCAGCUAAGCGCCACGGGCCUUGUCGCGGGAAAGGCGAGCGCGCACUGGACAAGCAACAUGUCCGCUCACCUAGUGCACCACGUCCACAGCUCCCCAACGCUACCAGCAGCUUCGCGGCCUUCAGGGGGCGCCCUACACCGCUGGUCCUCGGCGAGGCGCAGGGCAGACGGACCUCCCCUCUGCCAAGCCGUCUCCAGCGUAACCCACACCGCCCGCGUCUGUGCGAGUCCCUAGGCUUACGGGAGGGUGGGGCCCCUCCCCCCUGGCUGUUCACCCCGUUUACCGCACUUGCCUUAGCCUGCCCGCUGGCUGUCACUGACCAGCGAUGGCCAGUCCUCGGAUAGGUACCAAGCAGAAGCCACCAGCCGCGCGGUCUACCUUUUACUUACGAUUUCACUUUUAUUAAGAUGACUGUACAGCCAUUUGUACAUAAAGCGUACAAUUAAACCUAUUUUGAAAGUAC